UUAGUUACGUUUCCCUAAAAUGUAAAUACUAUAUUGAUUGUAGUAAGGACAGUGAUGCCAUUUUUAUGUGAAAAUACACACAAGCAUGUCAUUACAGCUAACCCAGAUAAUCACUUCCGAGUCAAUUAUCUUGUCAGGCCUUGGCAAUAGGUGUGUUGGUGGAAACGGAAAUUAUUUUAAAGGGGUUGAGAUUUCCUAAAGGGGCUAUCAGCGUUGCUACAUCCAUUUUUGGACUUAUACAUUAAUUAUAUGUAUCCAUUGAUUUUUGAUUAUAAUGUAUAACUUAUACAUGUCUCAUGAGCUGCCAUACCCCAUCAUAACCCAAAAUAUAAGCUUAUUUUACUCCAAUCUUUGUAAAUAAAGUAUACGUCCUUACCUUAACCAUAAACCUUACCUAACCUUUACCUUAACAAUUUUACAUGACAACUUCAACAUGGUAAGGACGUCCCAAGGAUUCCGGAUAGCACAGACAAGUUCGUGACGGUCCUGACCCGGAAAUAUUCUGGACGCGUUUUCACUAUCGAGCGAACAACUUGUCCGUACAUGUCCAACCCGCUGUACAUGCAUAUUCAUUGAGGACCAAUGACAGGCUUUGUUUUUCUGUUUUUGAACCAGAGUUUCCCCCCCAAAAAUAAGUAGAUGGACUAAAAUGACACUAAUCUAAUCAGGGCACCUGAUUCCGCUGCUGUGGACAUUUUGCAGCAGUUCAAAUAGAUGGAGGAAAGAGGCCUUGAAAAUCAUUUCAAGCCGUCUGAGAUGAAAUGUUUGGAGAUCAUCCCAACGCUGCCGAUGUGGAUAAUUGAAUAUGCCUGGGCUCACAGAAUGAUGGAUACACUGGAUGGUCUGGACCCCAGCAGAUGGCCAGAGGAUGACCUGCAAUCUCUCACCCUAGAUGAGCCAUGGAGGUUACGUGUGGCAGCUGCCCAGGCGUAUUCUAUAAUGAAGACAAGGGACAUCAAGAGCUUUGAGAGGGUGAUGGAGUUCCUGGAUGUUACCUAUACACUGCUGCCACGACUGGUGCCCCCUAUCAAACACAUGAAAAUCAUGUUUGGCCUUAAGACCAUGAUAAUUAUGUGGAUGCUUCGGGAAGACCAAGGUAUUGUCAACACCGUUGUGAAGACCAUUACGUUUUUUCCAAGUAGACUACCUCAGUACCAUGAAUGUAGCCGCCAAGAGAUGCACCUAAUGAGGAAGAACCACCAGGACUUUAAGGCUUUGGCGCAGACUCUUGCAAUGGACAUGUCCAUGCGCAAGGCUUAUAUCAAGGAUUUGAUGGAGGACCAAUAUGGAGAAUGCUAUGCCCAGAAACUGGAGGACAGGUUGCUGCAUUACCUUCAGGAACUGGAGUCGACACUGCAAAGUGAUACAUAUUUUGACCAGCUGUUGAAGCAGGAGUGUCCAAUGGCAUAUGAAGAGGAGUUACUAUUGCCGUUAAUUACCUGUGACUCCACCUCCCUUGCUGCGUCCUUGAAGAGGCUAUUCCACUCUGCCGAGUCUUCUUCAAGAUGCCAUCCCAGCCAUAAGAUGGGUGUUGGACCAGCACAGGAGAGGGGAAUAGGCCGGGAGCUGGAGGAUUCUGGGACCUCGAAAGUUGCUCUAAGGUUGCCCAAGGAGAGAACACACAAAGAUGGGCAGUCACAGCCUGACAGGACAAGUCUCUACGCAUCCCAGGGUAUCUGUCAAGAUAACCGAGAGGAGAGAUCCAACUCAUUGGAGUUGGGUCCACGACAUGCUUGUGCAGCUGAGCAAGGUUUAGAGCCACAGGCGCUUAUCGUGGAGCCGGGGGUGGAUCUGUCCAAAGACAGUCCACUCCUGCUGGAGGAGGAUGUCUCUGAUGGGAAGGAGGGGAAGGAGGGGAGCCGAGGCAGGACUGAGGAGGUGGAGGACAGGCAGAACAAUGAUGAGGUGCCUGAGGCCUCCCCCCUGCAGCUGUGCUCUAAACACCAGAAAUGGGUGAGGAGCAUUCUGCAGGAGUGCUCUGAGGAACUGCUGUGUGAAAAGACUGAUACCCCAGAGCACUGCCAGGGGUCCUCUUCCACCUCAUCACAGGACUUGACCCCAUCCCUCCUCACCCUUUGUCCACCCCAACAUCUAACUCUGGCCACACAGAACCCUUACCCUGCUCAACCAGUGGCUGUAUCCCAACCUAUGGCCCUCAAUGACAGAGCCCAUUCUGAACAGGCUGGAGAAACAGCAGAUAGCCCAGAGGCCAGUAGAACACAUAGGGUCAAGCUGAGACUGUCUAUGGAGAGUCAGGCUCUUCUUCUUAAGUCAAAGUUUCUACAGCCAUUUGUGCGGCUCCGAAAACUGACCCAGCAGGAGUGUAGCAUGGCUGCAGAGCUAAGAGGGACCAGGACCCCUGAAGAGGAAGACGGUGACGACGAUGAUGGUGAAGAGGAGGAUGAUGACGAACGUGUGGAAAAAACUCCAGUGUAUUCUUAUUAUGAUGUAAACACGCUCUAUUCUAGUUUUGAGUCAAGCUCUGAUGAAGAUCCAGAAACACAGGAUUCAGACCUUGACUAUGUUCCUUGAUAUGGAAAGAGAAUGUACAACCAGAGUGUGUGAUUUGAGGAAGAAGCAUGAUCCUGGGGUUGACGAUGAGGUAUGUGAUUAGAUUGAGGAAUCAGGGUGGUGUCCACCAUUUGCCGUGGUGAAAUGUACAGCUGAGGUUAAACAAACUGCUACAUAAUUAUUCAGCAUCAGAAUUCUGGUUAAAUUUCAGUUGAACAGUAUUCAAUAUGCCCAGUUCAACCAGGUGUAACAUUGGAAUAAUAACCCUUUACAUACCAUAAUACACAGCACCAGUUUCUUACUGACCUAGGUUCUAGGGCUGUGACGAUACCAGUAUCUCAAUAUUUUUUUCCAUGGCAAAAAUGAAAACAUGAGGCAGACCAAACUCUGUAAAAUAUUAUGUGCUAUAGCUUGGAAAAUAAAUAAAUAUGACUGGAUGACAUAAUUAUUUUUAUUUCAAACAUUAGGGCUAUUUUCCUAAAGAAGUUAAAUUCGCUUCGUGUUUCUUUCCUAGCCAUGAUACUAUCGAGUAUCGCGAUACUGGUAUCGUCCCCGCCCUGCUAGAUUCUUACACUAAAUGAAUGUGAACCUCUGUAUGACAUCUGGAACUGGUCAUAUUUCAUGCUGUGUCAUGUUGACUCAUAGGAGGGGUCUGUUUGAUGGCAUUACAUGUGUUAAAUAUUACCCAGAUAUUCUGAGUGGACUGGUACUGUCAAUGACAUGCAACCAAAAUCCGCUGACCAGUCAUUGUGCACCUCUUUUUCGUCUACAAAUCAAUGAUGAUAUCAUUGGAAAUUGCGUACAUCACUGUACAAAUGGAAAAGCUGUUAAUCAUUCCUGGCUGUGUGUCAUAGGCAGCUCAUCUUGUGAAGUGAGCGACGUGUUCAGGGUCAUCGUGCUGUCAGUGCAUGCCCACUAUGCAUUUGUGCUGACACACUGCCUUUGUUAGUUAGUCCAUAUAUUAGAUGACUCAGCAAAAUAUUCAUAGGAUGGGAUGCAUGGGAAGAUAGCAGAGGGAUUCCAUAGAGAGAGAAGAUGCCAGAGAUCUCCUUUACCCAGAAGAGGGUCAUUGGGCCAAAGGCCUACAAAUAGGGUCAUAAAUAUUAUCACCUCAUCAUUAAGAGACAUGUAUAUGUGUGAAUCAUAAUGUAGCAGUCUGUGUUUACUUCAAUUUUAAAAUCAUGUGUGGGAAAUGGAUCGGCGAGCAGCAAGGUGUUGAGGUAAAUGACAGUUGUUGUGAAGUGAGUAGGUACUUGACUCACAUAAAUUUAAGAGUCACUUUUAGGUAGGUGAACGUGAGUUCCGUGACAAAUGUUUUCUUUAUUUAUUCAGAAUGUUGUAUAUGUAGAAGGUGGACAGGAAUAUGGUAAACAGAGGGACAGGGUGUGACAGGGUCUUUAACUGACUCAACCCCAUCAAGCCGGCUGGUGGGUAGGGCACAGGGUCCUUAGCCAGAUGAUAAGGGGAUGGUGGGGUACAAAGUUCCAGGGGAUUUUUGUGUGUUGCACCACUGCAAAAGGAUUUAUUAGGAUGUGUAUUUAUUUAUCUAGAGAGAAAGUACAUUCCUCUGUAAAUUUUUCAGGACACACUUUCUAUGAAAGUCAUAGUCACUGAUUUACCCAUCAUGAGAGUAAACAACCCCAGAGUGAAGCAGAAAACAACAGUUAUACUGUAGGCUACCUGUUACAUUACUGUGUUCAAUAAACAUUUUGUGUGAAAUUAUAACGUGUAUAAAUUAAAGCUAUACUUUCCACACAAUAA